GAUCUGGCUCUAUUGAUUUGUCUGUUGAUCUCACUGGGUGGGUGGAUCAGUCUCCUGAACGCCUGGUUUAAUUCCAUCAGUUGAGCAUCUCUGUCAGAUUUAGUCAUGGAUGAAUCCGAAGAGAAGCGUUUUGAAGAAGAUACAGUAUAAAAAGCUACAUCUCAUGAGGAAGUCAACUCAUUUUGGAUAGCUCUGUAGACCAAGUCAGAAGAAACUGUCCCUCAGCAGCAGCAGCAGCAGCAGCAGCAGUCCUUAGAGUUGGAAGGUGCUGAGUCUGCUCUUUGGCUACAGUGCCUGAGCUCACCUCUCUCCAGAGAGAGUUUCAUGUCUCAUUGGAACAGCUGGUAGUAUCUGUGGGAGGAAAAAUCCCUCUCCCAUCCCAAGACAUCAAGAAACUUCCAAGACCUGUAAGUCUUCAAAGGGGGAUCAUCCAACGUAGCAUUCCAUCCCUUGGAGGACCAAGAAGUGACCCUCCGGCUCGCUCCCCAUCCAGCCGGUGCUAUGUACUCCCUGGUCUUCCUCUGUGCUCAGAAGGUUGUCUCCCACUACACUACCCUGCAAGAUGCCCUGGAUUUCCUCCCGAAGGAGCUCUAUCCUGUCCUGUUCAAGGCUGCCUUCAUGGACAAGAGAACGCCCUCACUCCAGCAGUUAGUGCAGACCUGGCCAUUCCCAGUCCUCAGUUUCCAGAAACUCCUGCGGAAAUGUCAGCAUUGUGAACGGGCCCUGAUCCGGGAGAAACCAAACAAGUUGUGCAUUCAGGCCAUUAUUUUGGGCGUAGUGACAUAUCUCAUUAAGAUGCUGGAGGAUCGAACCUGUAGUAAGAGGCCAUCCCAUUUUCAAAAAAGUGUCCAGAUUUCUGUGCAUCAUAUCUAUCCUGCUGGUGCCAUAGAGCAGAAAAUCCAGCUGUCCAAAGGGCGCAGUUCAAGAAGAAUCCUGCCAGAAUCUAAGAACAUGCAGUUCAAGGGGCAGUACUUACAGAUCCUUGAUAUGACCGGCCUCCAGGAUGAAGGGCAGGGCCCGGAGAGCAUGAGCCUGUGGUCCAGGACGGUCACGCUGGCCAAGGCUUGCCUGGACGUCUCCAAGCAGCAAAGCAAGUGCCUGAAGCGGUCCUCCAAGAGGAGGAAGGGCCCAUACAGCAGCUCAGUGGCCUUGCCAGCACCUCAGCCUGUUUCUGUGGACGUUUGGGUGGACCUUUUUGUGAACAGCACUUCCUACGUGGUCCUGAAGGAUGCCCUGCAGAUCAACAGCAGCAACGCGCUGCGGCUGCGGUGUCGGGACUUCCGGGCAGAGGAGCUCUCCAUUGCCAGCACCGUGGGACUCUUGGAGUUCCUGGACCCAGCUGGGGUCCGGCAGGUGGACCUGAGGUUCAACAACCUUGGGCUCUCUGGCCUGAGAGUGGUCCUCCCGCACUUGACUAAGUUCACCAACCUGGCGAGCCUGAAGCUGCCCUACAGCAACAUUGAUGUCCGGCGUCUAACAGUGGGCAUGGAAGGCAACCUGCAGUACUUUGCCACCCAGCUCAGCCGUCUCAGCUGCCUCAAAGAGCUGAACCUGGGCUCCUCCAGGCUUUCGGGCAAACUACGGCAACUCCUAGGGGACUUGCAAAGCCCCUUGGAGAGCCUGGAGCUGGCCUUUUGCUACCUGCUGCCCAAUGACUUUGCCUACCUUUCCCAAAGCCUCCACACCUCGGCCCUGAAGAAGCUAGACCUCAGUGGGAACAACCUGUCCGACAGCCUUCUCCAGCCUUUCCAGGGUCUGCUGACUGAGGCGGCCUCAACCUUGCUCCACCUGGACAUCAUGGAGUGCCGCCUGAUGGAUACCCACCUGAAUCUGCUCCUCCCCGCACUCUGCCGCUGCACCCGGCUUCGCUACCUGGGCGUGUUUGGCAACCCCAUCUCAGCCAAGGGGGUGAAGAACCUGCUCCAUAAGACUGUGGGCCUCUUGGACUUGCAGCUCGUCAUCUACCCCUACCCUGUGGACUGCUACGGAGACGACUUGCCCUGGCCCCCCACCUCUUCCAACUUGCUCAAUGGCUCGGUGGAUGAGGAGAAGUUCUCCCGGGUCAGCAACGAACUGCAGCAGAUGCUGCUGAGUGCAAACCGGGGAGACGCCAUCUGGACCACAAACCUUUGCCGCCACAACAGUCUUGACUAUUUCAGUUUAUAGCCCUGCUGGGGUCAGUACUCUUCUGCCCACAAAUCUGGAAUAGGCCACCCCUCUGUCUCCCCCCUUGUCAGUGAUCUGAACCAGCCUGGCAGUCAUUGUGCUUCUAAGCCAGAAGCUGUGCCUGAGGUAACCCUGCAGGCAGCCCAUUCAGAGCCUGCGGGUGCUUUCCUGGGGCACGACAGAAUAGCCACCUCCGGACAACCAUUGCCCAGAGUGCUCUCAGCCAGUUGUGCUGGACCCUAAAGGAGCAGGUGAACAGGAGUUGCGUUGCAGGAAUGGGGAAGCACAGCUGGGAGAGAGGGGGAGCCUUUGCUCUCUUUUUAUCCCUGCUGAAGGUGGAUGCCAGCACUGAAGGCCAGGUCCAAGAAGCCCUCUUUUUCUUUUUGAUUGAAGACCAUUUCCAGUGCAUGUAGCAAUAGCUAGGGAGGGGGGUCUUUUUCUGGUUGUUGUUUUUUUUUUUACUUCUAUUUUGUAACAUCAGAGUGUAGCAUUGUGUUGCUGUGGGGUCUGAGAUGAGGGUGCAGUUGGGUGCUUUUCACCUGUAACAUUUGCCCUCUCUCAUUGAUGGAUGGGAUGGGAGCAGGCAGGUUGUGGAUCCUGAAUUUAGAGGGACACCUGAUUUUAUUAAGGGCGGCGGGGGGGGGGAGAUUACCCAGUGAACUUUUAUCUUGAAAUAAAAGAUGAUG